AUAGAAAGAGAGAGACAGAGAGAACAUAUUGCAGAGGCUCUUCCAGCGCGGCUCGCACAGGACUCAUUGGAAAUUUAUGUGUAAAUGACGACAACUGUUGCUCAGCUUCUAGCCAGCAGCAGCAGCAGCAACAACAGCAAAACGGGGAACACACGGAAAAGGCGAGACACGCCGACGACGACGACGACGACGGCGAGGGGGGCAAGGCCGCAGCACCAGGAGCAGGAGCAGAGCGCCCGACGACGACGUCCUCCACAGUCCACACAGAGUGCAGCCAAGUGGCGAUCGCUGCUAAUGCUCGCCCUGAUCAUGGCUCAGCUGCAGGAGCUGCUGCGAUCCGGCAACGCUGGCUCUGGCGCUGGCCUGGCCCUGGCCCUGGCCGCACCAGCAGCCACAGCAGCAGCAGCAGCAACUGCUGUUGCACCACCUGCACCACAAACAACACCACUCAUCGACAGCGCCGCCAAGCUGGCCGCCGCACGGCAAACGAGACGAACGCGCCGCAUGCAGAAGCGGCACGAGAGCAUCAGCUUCAAGAUGAGCUUCCAGCGCGAGCUGCGGAACACCGUGCCGGACUGGAGCAAUAGCUGCGGCGGCAAGUGGACAGGUCCCGAUCGGUCGCCCCCUCCAGUGUUGACGCGCAGGCAGCGCUGCCUCAAGAAGUGGCUACGCACAUUGCGGAAUAAAACGCGGCGCGAGCUGGUGCAAUUGCGCGACGACAACGCACUGCGGCACCUGGAGCACUCGGUGAAGGCGCAGGACACCGCCGUCGUCCAGGCGAUCGACAUCUCCAAGCAGGACACGUGGAGUCUGCACAACAGCCAAUACGAUUUUCUGCCCCGGGUGAAUGUUAGCAAGCAGCUGUCACUGCGGCACGCACAUCACGAUCUGCAGUUCUACGUGGCCGCAUUCAGCUAUCUGCGGCACGCCCAGCUGCACUGGGACCUGGACAACCUGCAGAAGCAGAGCGUGCUCUCGGCCGAGCUGCUGCGCCUGCGCAACAGCGCCCGCCUCGUGCUCUGCAACUUUGAGGAGGCCUACAACAGCAGCCGCCUCCAUGCGCCCAACCACAGGCCGCUGCGGACGGUGAAGCGUGUGCCGAUGGAGAGGAAGCUCCGGAAUCUGAAGACGCCGCUGGUGGAGCUGCACCGACGGGCGGUGCUGGCCGCCCACGGCCAGCCAACGGAGAGGCCCAGAGAGCCGAAUAGCCUGGAUCUGCGAUUCGUCAAGUACCAGUACAUUCAGUACCUGAAGCACAUGACAAAGCUGCUGGCCAAGCAAUCCAAGCGGAAUUGCAAGGCGACUAAAGCAAACAAGACAAACACACAGCCACCGGCCGGCUAGCGGCCCCUCUGCCUAAGAAUUAAGAUUUAGUUAGCAGUUAUAUCAGCAUAGCUCCAUUUCGAAUUCCAACUGAACUGAGCCAUCCAUCCGACAUGCAUCCGACUCCGACCCCACAGUUGAUUUCAUGCACUGAAACUCAUUCUCAAAGACGGCUAUGACAUUCGAAUCCGAAUCCGAAUCCGAAUCCGAACCGAACCCGAAUCCUAAUUGGCCUAAGUUAUUAUUAUUAUAUUUAUUAUCUAUCAUUAUUAUUUAUAUGCAUACACAUAU